AGGCACAAAAGGGAGAUGUGGCGCUUCGCCUCUUCGAAAUGUCCCGCCUAAAAAAUGCUAUGGAGCGUAACGCAGAAAAAUGAAAAGAACAUCGCUCCAAGGUCAGCCUGUCGAGCGUCAGUGAAUGCGCACAAUCCUCGGUUUCGGAACCCUAGGCGCCGUGGCGAGAUGCCGACGUGGCAGAUUCAUUCCGAUGGGGAGAACACCUUCCGGUGGAAAUUGUCCGACCAAAAGCCAUCUAGCUGUGUCCUUGCUCCGCUUCCCCCUCCGGACUCUCAGCGCCUUCCCUCAAUGUCUGAUAUCUUGCACCGUCAAGAGAAGGCUUUCACAUUCCGAGAAGAAUUGGGGAAGUCCAUGGAAGUGAAGCAGACUUCUCUAGACAAAGCAGCAUCUGUUGUCCAGGAUGGACGCACCGCAGUAUUUGGAGAAUGCAGUGGUAGAGACAGUGGGACUGGUUCUCUGAAUUUCAUGCCCCACACAGACUCAGAUAAUGCAAUCAAUCGUUAUAAACAUGCUUUUCAAAAUGGUGCAGGGAAAUCAGUAAAUACUUCGUUGUCAUUGUUUCAAACAGGGUCCGGUAAAGCUGUCACUAUAUCUCCAGCAGGGCUUGUAAGAGCCAGAAAGUUGUUGAACUUGAAUGAAACAGAGAGGUUUCAAGACUUCGAGCAGACAAACAAACAGUCAAAUUAUUAUGACGAGCCUUAUGAAUGGCAAUGUUCAUCUCCUUUACGAAAGAAUACUGAUGGGGAUAUUCCAGAUUAUUUGCACUCUGCACCUAAACCACAUCCGAUUAAGUUUCAAACAGCUGGUGGGAGAUCAAUUUCUGUUUCUAGUAGUGCAUUGAGUCGAGCAAAAAAACUGCUUGGAGAUCCAGAGGAUAGCUGUGCUCUAGAGGAUAAAGAUUCAGCUUCUCCUAUGUUUUCAUUUUCUGAUGAAAGAAAAUCCAACUGUAACCUUUCAACUAUUAAACGUCAGUCUUGUACUCCAUCGCAUCAACGGUCAACACACAGUGUAAGUUAUUCUGGAAGGUUUACAUCUCCCCUGAAGUCUACUCUACAGAAAAGGCAGUUGACCGUGAAGCUCGAUAAUAUCCAUCCAGCAAACAACUUAAUCAAGCAUUUUGAUGCAGUGGCAAAUGAUGGUGCAAACGAGUCACAUAAUGCUAUUCAUUGUUGUCAAAACCUUUUACAACAGAAAUCCAAUAUGUUGCCUCCGAGUUAUAAUGAAAAAGAUAUCUAUUCAAGUCACACAUCACCUCAAACAUCACUUCGAACAUCAUCAAUUGGGGUACUAACUGACAUCUCAAACACUACUGCUGUUGGACGUCCAGAUGGCACGCAGAAGAUUACUGAGAAGAGAAGACUUGGAAAUUGCUUUGUUUCUCCUUUCAGGAGGCCUCGCUUGGAAAAAUUUACUCCACCUCUGAACAAGAAUAUGCCAGUCAUUCAUAAUGGGAUGUCAAAUUUAGCACCAAAGGAAUCAACAUUUAAAGGAAGAGUUUCAGACUGGUACCCAUUUGAGGCUUCACGUUUGUAUAUGGAGGAAUACCUUGGAGAGCCCCCAAGAUUCCAAAGCAAGCUAGUAAAUGUUGGAGAUCAGGUGAGAAGAAUGAGUCCAGAAACAGCUGAGUCAUACCUGUUCCAUGAUGAACAUGGCUCUACCAGUCUGGGAGCAGAUGCUUUUUUCCUAAUGCUAUCUCACUGUGGAGCUUCACAUCAGUACUUUUCUAAAAUGUGGGUUGCAAAUCACUACAAGUGGAUUGUUUGGAAACUCGCAUCUUAUGAAAGAUGCUUUCCCGCCAAAUUUUCUGGGAAACUUCUGACAGUCUCUAAUGUGCUGGAAGAGUUGAAGUAUAGAUAUGAGAGGGAAGUACAUUAUGGCCAUCGAUCUGCAAUCAAAAGAGUUCUAGAAGGCGAUGCACCAUCAUCAUUGAUGAUGGUGUUGUGCAUUUCUUCCAUUGGUCCAGUUUAUGACACCAAAAAUAGACUUCAAGAUCGACCUAUUUCAUCUACAGGGAUUACUAUAAACUCUGCUUCAAAAAUAGAGCUAACUGAUGGGUGGUAUUCAAUUACUGCUGUUUUAGAUGGAGAGCUUUCGAAAAAGUUAGCUGCCAAAAAACUGUUUUUAGGCCAAAAACUCAGGAUCUGGGGAGCUGGCCUAUGUGGCUGGACGGGGCCUGUUUCACCUCUUGAGGCCUCAAAGGAACCUAGUUUAACAUUGCAUAUAAAUGGGACAUACAGAGCACAUUGGGCAGACCGCUUGGGAUUUUGCAAGGACAUAGGUGUUCCUUUAGCAUUUAAUUCCAUCAAAGGUGCAGGAGGUGCUGUCCCUAUCACACUGGUUGGUGUUACAAAGAUUUACCCCGUUCUGUACAGAGAAAGAUUAAGUAAUGGAGGAUACAUGGUGAGGAAUGAAAGAAUGGAAGCUAAAGCAAUAGAACAAUAUAACCAAAGAAGGUGUAAUGUUGCGGAGGGAGUAGCUGCUGAGUUUCAAAAGGAAAAUAUAGAUAUCAUUAUUGGUAAUGAUUAUGAAAGUGAAGAAGGAGCCAAACUCUUAAAGAUACUUGAGACAGCAGCUGAACCUGAUAUUCUUAUGGCAGAAAUGAGUGUAGAGCAGCUUAACUCAUUUUCUUGUUAUCAAGCUAAAUUAGAGGCCAAGAAACAGUAUCAUAUACAAAGAUCUCUCGACACAGCUCUGGAAGCUGCUGGUCUCACAACAACAAGAGAUGUCACUCCAUUUAUGCGAGUUAGAGUUGUUGGGUUAAUCCGCAAAAGUAGUCGACAAAAAAAUUCCCCAAGAGAAGGCUUAAUUACCAUCUGGAAUCCGACUGAAAAGCAGCAAGUGGAACUCACUGAGGGGCAAGCUUACGAAGUUUCAGGGCUUAUGGCUCAAAGCUCCGAUUCAAGCGCCCUUUAUUUGCAUGCAAAAGGAUCUACAUCAAAAUGGAAACCUUUAUCUCCCUCUGGAAUUCAACAUUUUCAGCCAUUUUUCAUGCCCCGAAGAUCAAUCUCAUUAUCUAACUUAGAUGAAGUUCCUGUAUCAAGAGAAAUUGAUAUUGCUGCACUGGUCAUUUAUGUUGGAGAGCUGUAUACAGUGGCUCAUCAAAAGAAACAAUGGGUGUUUGUAACUGAUGGAUCGAGAACUGCGUUGGAUACUUCAUUGUUGGCAAUUAGCUUUACUUUAGCAAACACCGGAAAUGAACUUUGUAAACUUGCUGGAUCAGUGGUGUGUUUCUUGAAUCUCACUAAGAAAGAUAAAGAUGGAACAAACCAUAUCUGGGUGGCUGAAGGGACAGAGAAUUCAACCUAUCACUUAAAUUAUGAUCACCCGCACUGCUCUCAUUUAAAUUGCUCCAUAGCUCUUCUCCAGGACUGGGUUAAGAAAUCUAGCUCGCGAAUCGAAAAAUUGAAGGGGAAAGUAUUGUCUAUUAUCAGCAAAUCAGUAGGAUAGGUGUUCAGGAGUGCUGCUGAUAGUCUGAAGUUAUCAAAGGUUAUCAGCCGCAUGGCUAAUUAACCCCUGCUCCCGUAAAAGCGACUUAUCUUUCAUUUCAUUUAAAUGUACAUUCUGAUGGUUACUAGUAAAAUCUCGAGCAACUGGCCUCAUUUAUUUGCAGGCUGCUUUUCUUUUGUAAAUUUAAAUAUUAAAGCUACUUAUUUCACGCUAUUUAAAUGUGCAUUCUGAUGGUUACCAGAACAUUACGUGUUCAGUGUACGGACAAUUAAGCGACUUAUGUAUUAGUACAAGUGCAAUUUCUCGAUAUAGAUGACUGGCCGUUUCUGGUUUUAUUAGGGUUGCGGAUUGGUUGGCUCCAGAUCAUAGGAAAGAAUUACUUGAACCGCCAUUUUUGGGUCUAGUUCCGGUCUACUCGGCUAGUCGGCUGGGCUGUUAUGUUCUCUCCGUUUCAAAUUAACAAUGACAAUUUAUAUGGGCUCUUAGACUAAAAAAUUGGUUCACUACCUAAAUUUUAUUGUAGCAGUGAAAAAGUAGUAAAAUAAAAAGAGGAUUUUGAGUUUGCACCCCACUUGUUGUGUGAUAUUGGACUUUGCAUCCCAUUUUCAAAAUUAGUAGUACAAUUGUCUAGAUACUGGCCGUUUGUGGUUUUAUUAGGGUUGCGGACUGGCUGGCUCCAGUUCAUAGGAAAGAAUUACUCGUAUCUUGAACCGCCAUUUUUGGGUCUAGUUCCGGUCUACUCGGCUGGGUUGUUAUGUUCUCUCCGUUUCAAAUUAACAAUGACAAUUUACAUGGGCUCUUAGACUAAGAAAUUGGUUCACUAUACCUAAAUUUUAUUGUAGCAGUGAAAAAGUAGUAAAAUAAAAAGGGGAAUUUUGAGUUUGCACCCCACUUGUUGUGUGAUAUUGGACUUUGCACCCCAUUUUCAAAACUUUUAGACUUUGCACCUCAUCUACAACAUUUUGCUUAUGGGGUGCAAAGGCAAAGACAUUUUAGGGGAAAUAGGGUGUAAAGUCUAACAGUUUUGAAAAUGGGGUGCAAAGGCAAAAACAUUUUAGGGGAAAUAGGGUGUAAAGUCUAACAGCUUUGAAAAUGGGGUGCAAAGUCCAAUAUCACCCAAAAAGCGCGGUGCAAAGUCAAAAUAUCCCAAAUAAAAAUGACAGUUUUUGGGUUAAUAGGCUGAAGAGGAGUGGCCCAUUACCCCUUAGCAAAGAAAACCCUCAAGGCCCAAUUUGGGAGCGACCCAGUAUGGAAGUCAGCUAGACGCUCGUCCAGUCAUCGAAGACGCCCAACUUCAGUAUCUUUGGCCAAAUAGAGCCAGGUGAUGGGCAAAGAGCCUCGGGGAGGAAAGCCAAUGUAGGCCGAGCGGUGCCAUGUCAUUGUGCUUACUUGGGCCACAGUCAGAAGACCCGGAGAAUGUGCUUGCCAAUCAUGAACCUCCAUAUCAUCCCCACCACUUAUCCCUUGGUAGUAUAAAUAGUAACAUUUAUUUUAUAGUUAGGAGUUGACAACUUAUAUUCUCUAGCAAUAGCAAUGAUCGCCCCUCUUACCAGCUCAGAUAGACGAUCGGGCUAGCGGGCUUGUGGUGACUGGUGAAGUGUGCUGUAAUAGACCCUUAUUAUUGAUUAAUAAAAUAUGGCCC